GCUGGCGUACUGCAGAGUAACGCAGACACGCAUCGUGCUUUUAGGAUUGGCGUACUUGUGGUUCAAACUGAUGAGUGACGGCCAGACUCUUUCCGCCGCCUGAAGCCACAAAGCUGCCACACGUUGUUACUUGACCAGCAGUUACCAACGUUUUAAGGAUACCCAUAUUCCGAAAGAUUUUUUUCGCCUUUCACGAUGCCCACUGACAGCAUGGAAAAGGUGAACGCAUCCCCGGUGGCCGGUGCCCCCGCCAGUGCUACGCACACCCCGGAUAAGCCAAAGAGUGCCAGCGAACACAGAAAGUCUUCAAAGCCCAUCAUGGAAAAGCGCCGCAGAGCCAGGAUUAACGAAAGCUUGGGUCAACUGAAGACUUUAAUUCUUGAUGCUCUUAAAAAAGAUAGCUCGAGACACUCAAAACUCGAAAAGGCGGACAUUCUUGAAAUGACUGUGAAACACCUGAGGAACCUGCAGCGUGCACAGAUGACUGCAGCUCUCACGGCAGACCCCACAGUCCUGGGAAAAUACCGUGCUGGAUUCAAUGAGUGCAUGAACGAAGUGACUCGCUUUCUGUCCACCUGCGAAGGAGUUAACACAGAGAUCAGGUCCCGUCUUCUCAACCACUUGUCGGGUUGCCUUGGCCAGAUGAUCUCCAUCAACUACCCACAGGCUGCCGGUCAGCAGCCAGCCCACCUCUCGCAGCCUUUGCACGUGCAGCUUCCUCCCGCAGCAGCUGUCCCGAUGAACGGAGUGUCAAUGCCUUGCAAACUGAGCCCAGCCGAGGCCGUAUCACCCAAAGUGUAUGGAGGUUUUCAGCUGGUUCCUGCUACAGAUGGACAAUUCGCUUUCCUCAUCCCUAACCCUGCAUUUGCCUCCACGACAACACCGGUUAUUCCGCUGUAUCCUAAUGCUAAUAUGCCGAUGACUGUAAACAGCAGCCCGGUGCACGGCAACAGUGCACCCACCGUGGCAUCACCAAUCCAGGGUAUGACGUCAUUUGGGCCCAGUCUAUCAGGCGUAUCGCAGGCGGUCAGUCCCAUGGGGGUCAGCACGGGUCCGGACAACUGCGAGUCAGUUUGGAGGCCCUGGUAAAUGGACUCAGAAACAAGACCUCAAAGCGAGGAAGAAGUUCCGUUUUAAGGAAUACUUUGCUCUUUAUAGUGACUUUUAUGAGAGUUUAAUUAUUUAUUUGGUGUCCAAAAUUUGGACCGUGUUACUGUAUGUUCAAUUUUCAUUCUUCGUGAAAAUG